AAAAAAACAGAAGAUCACCAUUGCCGGUGCGUGGAAGUCUCUCUUGCAUUUCCAUGACUCUUCGCCGGUAGAUAAUGGAGUCUAAAAGCCACGAACAUUGCGACAAUUGUGUAAAGCUCUACUGUAGUUCUCAAAAUGGCUGCAAGAUGUUAUUUUGUGAAUUCGGAUGCACCGCACAACUUCACAGCUGUAAAAUGAAAGACCACCAGAAUGUGUGCCAGAAAUGUCGAAUUCCAUGUAUAAAUUCAGAGUACGGAUGUCCGGUUGUGAUGACAAGGGAUAGCCUGAGAAACCACUUACAGCGGUGCCCAGCUAGUGUGAUUUUUUGUACAAUGGAGUGGAAUAGAUAUCCAGUGUAUUCCAAAUCUCGGUUAAGUUUGGUGCCUUUCUUUCAACCGAACCCGAUUCUAGUAAAAGGGCAUCUAGAUGUGGAGCUGGCCUUCAGGGAUCAAAGAAUACUUCAGGAAGUAUUCCGAAGGCGUUGUAGAAAAGGGAAAGCAAAAGUAGACAUGUUAAGAUCGUCCUUACAGAAAGGCACACCGAAACAGCAUGGUAGCGGAACCCAACCAUCGACUGUGAAAUCGGAUUCUGUCAAAAUGGCGAUGGCUUUAGCAAUGUCUUCGUUAGAAAAUAAGUUUCGUAAACAACGAGGUGAAGGGCAGAUUUCUAGCGGAGAUCUCGAGGAUGAAAAUUCACUUAACAACGAAACCCAUAACGAAAACCGAAAUAUUCUCAGCGAUUUGCUUUCUGGAAGUGAAAAACUGGAAAAUGAAUGUGCUGAUUAUGUUAAUCCUGAUGUUAACCCAGUUGAUAUAGAGCUACAUCCGUUGCAAGGAGAGGAAGAUGAAAGUAGUAAAGGUGACAAGGCCUCUGUUAGUUUCCUUGACAACAGCAUACCGCCUCCUCCUGCCCAUCUGCCAAUCUACCUCGACCAACCCCUGGGUUUGAAUGUUGUUGUUGAAACCCUCCCCAAGUUCCAGAAACAGUCUCCAAUGUAUUCCAUACCCUGCAACCAGGUAUUCCGCCGUGAUGAGUACAGUGGCCAUUUCAAGAAUGUUCAUAGUGAUAUUCAGGGAGGGCUGAAUGGUUGGUUGGAGCAUCGGUGUCCUCUUUCGCAGUAUGGCUGCACAUUUGUGCGCUAUAGGCUUCUGCCUCACAGCCAAGAUGGAGCUGUAACCUUCAAUCAAGAGCUUGGAAGCUUUGGCAUCAGACCAUAUGAGCAAUCACCUCUAGUAAACACUUCUUGUUGUACAGCAGAAUAUUCUCAAAGUCAGAUACAAGACACCACGGGUCCCACAGGGGAAAUUGCUCCAAAUCAAAUGCAGAUGCAUACAACAUCUAGUUUGGAUCUGCUGACAUCUUUGCCCCUAGAUAUCUUGGCGAAGAUAGCUGGCCAACUGGAUGGCUUCAGUCUGUGUAACUUCUCUUGCACAUGUAAGUUGCUGAGGGAGGUUUGUAUGAAUGUUUUGGAAACAAAAGGUAUGGUACUAUUUGAAUGGGAAAAAAGAAUCUAUGAUGAUGGAAACUGGUCUUGGAAGAUAAGACAAAAGCGAUGGUAUUUUUCCACCUCAUUUUCACCAGUUGAAAAGUGGGUGCAUUCUAACUCACCAUUCAUGGCAGCACAUCUAGAGAAGUGCCAAUACUUUGACCACAGAAAAGCAUCAAAUCAGUUUAGUUAUUGUUUUGUUCAGCCUGGUCAUGAAGGAAACAGUAACAAUCAUGAUAACCAUAAAGACAACAGUGAGAUAGGCCUCGAAUAUCACCCUGGCCAUGAGGAUAGUAAUAUUGAUCAGAUCGUCCUUGAAUGCAAGAUGAGUGAUGAGAAUGAAACUGACACAGAGACAGAAACAGAAACAUCAUCAUCAUCCAAUUCAGAGCCAGAGGUACUUGAUGCAGAGAAUUGAACCCAAAUACUACUGCAUAAACUUGGGAAAUCUUAUCAAUAAUUAGUGAAAUUUAUAUUAAACAAGUAUGAUAAUCAAUAUUGGGUAGUGCAUGACCCUAUGUGUACUAAAAUU